UGUGAUUGAGGCUAGCUUCAAACAACAGCAAUAGCUGGUGGUUUUUCAGAGUUAAGUCUGUCUAGCUUGUCAUGUAUUUCUUGUUUUCUCCGACGUAUUCGGUUGGAGGAAACAUCAGUACUUCACUACUUAACGACCCAGUUGGACAUCUGCGGUAUGAACAGCUUUGCGAUAAGAAUUGAAUAAGGCAACUGGAUGUACUGAACCAAGCUAGCAUCGGGCUAGCUAAAUAACAAGCUGACUAGCGUGAGGUAUUCCUGGCAAGAGGAGAAAUAGUUUGCGAGGUGCGCGUGUUUUCACGCAGGAAUCUAUCUAUACCAUCCUAUCUUUUUUGAAAAAUGAACAUCCUCCCAAAAAAGAGCUGGCAUGUACGAAACAAAGAUAACAUCGCGCGCGUUCGGAAGGACGAGGCGCAAGCUGCAGAUGAGGAACGCGAGGUCCAAAGACGAGUGGAGCGUGCAGAGCAGGAGGCACGGACACAGUAUCUCAGACAGAAGUCUAGAGCUUCCCUUCAACAGACAGACGGAUGGAAAGAUCAGGGAGAAAAAUCAGAUGCUGGAAGAGAAGUGAUCGAGCACCUAAAUCUGUUUCCUCUCGAGGAGUCAGCUGAGAAGAAAGGAAACGAGGACUAUCUUAAAGACAAGAAGGAUGAAACGGAGCGUCAGGAAAGAGCCAUCGGUCUGCUGGUCUCUCUGGGUCCACAGCCGGGGACGGAGGUGACACCGUGGUACAUGAAGACUGGCCAGGAGAAAGAAGAGGCGAAGAAGGACGUGAAAGAGAAGAAUGAAAAGGACAAGGGGAAGAAACCAGCGUUGAGUGAGGAGGAGAAGGAGAAGAGAGACAAGAGACUAAAGGACCUUUUGGAUCCUUUGAAAGACAUGAAGAAGGCUUUGGCAAAACAGGGUAGAAAAGAACACAAAAGGAAAGAGAAAAGGGACAGAGGGGAGAAGAUAAGUGGUGGAGAGAGCUCUAUCGAACGCUUGCGAGCGGAGCGGUUGCAGAGGGAGGCGGAGGAGAAGAGAAGAGCCAAGGCUCUGCUGGAUCAGAAGAACGGAGGGGGGAAGGAGAAGGAGAAGGAGGUGGAGGAGAGGGACAGGCCCUACAACAGCGGCUUCUUCCCGGAGUUAGCCCGUAAGCGUCAGAGGAGAGAUCGGGACAGCUGGAGAGAUGGCUUGUUCUGAAGUCACCUAGACAUACUUUGUAAAUAAAGCAAUUACUACAAAUCGACCACAUGGGCAUAGAGGUGGUUCAGAUGGUGGUUUGUUGAUUUCUCCUGGAGAUGCGUCUUUGAUAAAGAUGACAUCCAUUUCAAGCCACAUUCUUAUUUAUUUUAUGCGUUUAUCAAGGGUGACUGUUGAUUAAAAGAAAAAUAUAUACGUUC